AUGCAUCAGUGUCUGUGUCUCUUCUCGUUCUUCCUUCGAGCUGCUUAUUCGAAGCCCAGUCUCCAUCAGAAGCCCAUGUCAGACUACUAUCAAGGGCCGAACAAUUCGGCCAAGCUCAAAGCCGUAACGCUUACGUUGCUGGCUAGUGCUACUAUUUUAGUCAUAUGGAGAAUAUCCUGGCGACUCUGGAAAAAGGUUAUUGGACUCCCAGAUUACCUGUUGAUCGUUGGGCUAUCUCUGAGCAUAUGUCUUGCUGGUUUUAACCUGGACCCAGCUUACUUCCGAUGGGGCUAUGGCUAUCACAAAGAUGAUCUGCCGCCAGAUAUCCAGAAAGCCCUGACGCCCAAGAUUUGCUUCUGGCUCAACCAGGUCUUUUUCAAGGCGACAGCAGGCGUGAUCAAGCUCUCUAUUUGUACUAUCUAUAUGAACAUCUUCAGCAAGCCUGUUCUCUUGAGUACUAAGAUCGCGCGAUACGCCAACUUUGCCUUGAUGGGUGUCAUCAUUGCUUAUUACACUGGCGGCACACUGGUCUCAACAUUCCAAUGCAACCCGAUCCGUAAAGCCUGGCAAGGUGAUCUCGACGGCACAUGCAUCGAUAACACCAAGUUCCGGGUGGCAAAUGCCUAUAUCAACUCUUUUACGUCGGUCUUGCUUGUCCUGAUACCGUUUCCUGCCCUUCUGUCAACGGGGCAUCGGAGCAAGGAAAUAUGGCAAUUUCUCUUCUUGAUUGCCUUGGGACUUGCGUAA